UUGAAUCUUUUUCAUUAAUUUUCUGAAACAAGAUUCAUUUAUGAAACCCAACUUGCUUCCAGUAUUCAAAUUGACUUUUUAGACAAUGUCCACUUGUUUUUAGUUAUAGACAUAAAUAAGUUAAUUAAGGCUUUUUCUGAAACAUACCCAUUAUGCCUGGACACCCAGUUUCCAUCUUGCAUUUCGUCUUUGUCGCCCUUGUUUCACCAUCAAUUUCUGGUGGCCUAAUUGCGAAAAGUGGGUGUGAAGAGAAGUGUGGGGAUUUAGUGAUUCCAUAUCCAUUCGGAGUCGGGUCGAACUGCUCGUUCGACCCGUCCUUCGACAUCAGCUGCAACACUUCCACCACCCCUCCGAAGGCGUACCUCUCCAUCAUCGGCAAACAAGUUAUCGAAAUAAAUGAGACCUAUGUUCGGGUCAAGUACCCCAAUUUGGUCUCAGUUUGCUAUCAAGGUGAAAACGCAACUAGAGAGAGUGCGACUCUCAACUUGACGGGGACUCUCUAUGCGCUGUCCAUGUACACCAACAGGCUCACCGCCAUAGGCUGCGACGACGCCGUCUUGCAGUUCAACGGAACCUCCACCAAUGGCGGCUGCUCCGCGUUUUGCGAAGACCAGACGGAAACAGCUGGCGUCGGGUAUUGCCCAUUUGAUCCCACUUCGCUCGGUCAUGGAUGUUGCCAGGCCCAGAUCGUCGGAGACACGGGUAUAGUGGGAGCAGAAUUAAUUGACUUGAGCAUAAGAGUACAACGCAGAAGGAUUUUCCCAUGCAGCUUCGCCUUUAUCCAGGAGGUAUCAGAUACUAAUGAAACCGGAUUUCAGUAUCCGUUUGAGUACCUCCAUAACUCAACGGCGUUGCAGAAUGAUAAUUGGGCAUCCGCCACCAGUCCUCCCGUGGUGCGGCUGGACUGGAUCCCCGGCUCCGCAAGCUGCAGCCAAGCGAAGCUCAACUCCGCUACUUACGCCUGCCGGGAUAACAAGAGUGUGUGUGUUGAUGUUGCUAACGUCAGUAGAGGAUACCAGUGCAUCUGUGCCCAAGGAUACCAGGGCAAUCCUUACCUCCCGGGAGGCUGCCAACCAAUUGUGUUUCUGAGUUCAGUUGCCAGAUACGGAUGCCAAGAUCAGUGUGGAGAAGUGUCGAUUCAGUUUCCAUUCGGAAUAGGGCGGAAUUGCUAUUUGGAGGCAUCAUUUGAAGUAUUUUGCAAUACCUCCACCAACCCUCCAAAAGCCUACCUCUCUAUAUUGAAGGCUGAAAUCAGCCGGUUGGAUUCAUCACGGGUGUGGGUGGACUAUCCAAGGUUGGGUCUGGCUUGCUACAAUUGGUCGGAAUCUCAACCGGGAAUCACUAAGACAGAGGAGCGAAGCUUGAGUAUUGACUUGUCGGGAACUCAGUUCACGUUGUCGGAAGAUAGCUGGAUCUCCGUCGUUGGAUGCGAUGAUAUCAUAAUGGCUACGAUUCGACAUGGCAAUCGAACUUUUGUUGGAAGCCUCUGCGCAACCGUCUGCAAAAAUAAUCAAAUUUCUUCCGGUGAUUAUUACGCAUAUUGUCCAACUAGGACUUCUGAGUAUUGGCCCGGCAAUGGCUGUUGCAGGGCACCCAUUCCCAGAGGCACCUCUUACCUGGAAGCGAAUUUGAGUGACUUCAGUGGGCGAUGGCCACGUACCAAUUUCUCUUGCAGCUAUGCCUUCCUUGGAAGCAAGGAUGACUAUUAUCAAGCAACUUACCCCAUUUUGAAUAACUCAACACAGAUUCAAAGUGAUGAUCCACAGAUAAAUUAUGUGUUCCCACUGGAUUGGAGAAUUGGUACGCUGAAUUGCAAAGAAGCACGAUUGAAUCCGACUGAUUAUGUGUGUCAGAAUAACACCGACUGCAUUGAUUUUGAUGAUAGCAUUGGAGGGUACCUCUGCAACUGCUCCAAGGGAUACCAAGGCUACGCUUACCUUAGCCCAGGAUGUCAUGAUAUUGAUGAAUGCACGGAUAAUACAAGUAAUACAUGCGUUUCAAAUUCAAUUUGCAUCAAUGAUCCAGGCUCUUAUCACUGCUCAUGCCCGAAAGGGUAUGUUGGUGAUGGGAGAAAAGAUGGCACACGUUGCAUUCAGCUGCCGCCAUCCAAGACCAAGAUGAUAAUCUUGAUAGGUAUGGGCUCAGGAUUAGGAUUUCUACUACUUCUCUCAAUGUGCAUUUGGUUGUAUAAAGAAUUAAAAAAGAGAAGGGAAAAAUUGCUUAAAGAGAAAUUCUUCAAACGAAAUGGUGGCCUUCUCUUGCACCAACAAACAAAUGAAGGCACACUUGGAAAAACAAAAGUUUUCACUGCAAAAGAGUUGGAGAUAGCCACUGAUCACUUUAAUGAAAACCGAAUCCUUGGACAUGGAGGGCAAGGCACUGUCUACAAAGGAAUGUUAUCCAAUGGUAAAAUUGUGGCAGUGAAAAAAUCCAAGUUGGUUGAGGAGAACCAAGUGGAACAGUUCAUAAAUGAGGUGGCCAUAUUGUCUCAAAUCAAUCAUAGGAAUGUCGUAGGAUUGUUAGGAUGUUGUUUGGAGACGGAGGUUCCACUGCUUGUUUAUGAAUUCAUGCCAAACGGCACCCUUCAUGAUCUCAUACAUGAUUCAAAUAAUGAGUUUCCAUUUCCAUGGAACAUGCGUCUGAAAAUCGCAGCAGAUAUAGCCGGCGCAUUGGCCUAUUUGCACUCUGCGUCUUCGAUAGCUAUUUAUCACAGAGACAUCAAGUCAAGUAACCUCCUCCUCGACGAGAAAUAUAUUGUCAAAGUGUCCGACUUUGGAACUUCAAGGUCCAUUGCUUCUGAUCGAACCCAUUUAACUACCAUGGUUAAAGGGACGUUUGGAUAUUUAGAUCCAGAGUACUUUCAGUCGAGUAAAUUUACAGAAAAGAGUGAUGUUUAUAGUUUUGGAGUGGUUCUUGUCGAGCUUCUUACUGGGCAAAGGCCAAUUUCUUUUGAUGAAGAAGAAGAAGAAAGAGGCCUAGCUACUCGGUUUCAUACGUGCAUGGUAAGAAAUUGUCUUGACGCUAUUUUGGAUCCUCAAGUUUUGCAGAAAGGUAGAAAGGAAGAGGUGAUUUUAGUUGCGAAGCUUGCACAGAGAUGUUUGAAUCCCAAAGGAAAAAUGAGACCAACUAUGAAAGAAGUGGCUACUGAAUUGGAGAAUUUUAGGAUGUCUCAAAUGUCUACUAUAGUUAGAGAUGAAUCUCAAGAUGUGAGAGUCUUUGAAGACAUGGCUGCCACCAUUUCAGACAAUGAAUACACAUGGCCUGGUAGGUAGUUAUAAGAUUGUAACGCAUUGUCAUCAGACACACAAUGCUUAAGAUUUACAAGAUAGGGUAAGAUAAAUGUGAUAUACGAUUUUACUUUCAGGAUGAGGAUAUGUUAGAUAUAGUUAGUGCGAGAUGAGUUGUACGACUUGAAAUAAAUUGAUUCUCUCUUCAUUCUUGAAAAAUAGUCAUUUUUGUCAACUUGGUACAUUAAUAAAAAAUACUAGUUUCUUUUCAUUUAUAAAA